AUGAGGUCAGAGCCAAGGCAACGACGAUUUUUGAAUGAAAUUAACCGUACACCCGGCUCCACGCCAGCAAAACCUUUUCUGAAUUCGCAGAGUAGACGCAGGAGCAGCGCCUCUAUGCCAAAUCGAUCACGUAUGAUCGUAACAGACUGCCAAAGUGCACGUCAAGAGGAACGUGGACGCGGAAGUAUCGGAGGGCCUUCGCACAGUGAAUUGUAUUCCGAGCCCCGACGCCGCUGCCCGAUUCCCGAUCCGGGAUCAUUACAAGCGGAUGAACUCCGCGCCAUUGGGACUGUGGAGUUGGGGACAUUAAUUCCAGGAUCCGUAACUCUGAUGAAACUACAUCUACCUAUUCUGCAGACGAAUUAUCCAUUUAAUAUAAACGAGCGACCAGCUCCAUUUAUUCCAGGCGACGCCGUUACCCUGCAAAUGGGACAUCAUUCUAUAAAAAUUAUGUAUGCCCGCGUUGAAGAUAUGCUCACCGUGCAAUCAGCUGGUGGAAUGAAACCAAAGUCUAAUAUAUUAAUAAAGGAAGAUUCACUAAUUGGAGAUGUAAAGUAUCAUCAUGUGCAACGCAUUACAUGUGGCUAUCUUACAUCUGAUCCAAAAUUAAUCGUGGCACGUCUUACUGGAGAUGGUGGACUCGCAGUUCAUAUUUGUUUCGGUGAUAGGGCUCUUCUUACCGCAUUUGUAAAGUUUCUUAUGGCCCGCUCUCCUGCUCAUGUGGAAUUGCUGGAUGAUGGUAUUUUCGCCUAUUAUCAAAAAGAAUCUACCACUGGUACACCACGACGCAGCACAUCGCACUCUUCACCUCGACCUUCUCUGAGCCAAAAUAGGAAUGCGGAUCCAUCAAUCACACCUCUUGAGAAUAGAAGGGCAGGCAGUGUAACUGAAUACUGA